AUCAAUUUCGGAGUACCAAGCAAAAUUUCUUCAAUAAUUGAAGUUCUGGUCACUGAUUCUGUCGGUUCUAAUUUUCUAUCACUUUUUCCAGGAAAAGAAACGCGGGAAUUUUCAGUUUAAGCCAUGAAGAUCAGUGAGAAAACCGCAGAAGAUCGUCCACAGCAGAAAAAUCCUCUCGCCGCUUCCAUUAAAUCUCUUCCGAUAUUAAUGUUUUACCUUCUCCUCUUAAUCUCCUCCAUCGUCUGUUUAUUUUACUCUGCAAAAUUUGUCUAUUCUUCAUCUUCUUGUAACAGCCGUAUAUCGUUCUCCAAGGAAAUCGGCGACUCUGUUCUCGAUCCGGAACCAGAAACGCCAUCUCCGAAACCUAAUCAGGAAACAAAUCUCUCUCAUGUAGUUUUCGGCAUCGCCGCUUCCGCUAAGCUCUGGAAUCACAGAAAAAAUUACAUAAUGCUGUGGUGGCGGAGCAGCGAAAUGCGAGGAAUCAUCUGGCUGGACGAGCCGAUUGAAAGCGCCGAUGACGAUCAUCUCCUGCCGUCGACGAGAAUCUCCGCCGAUACUUCUAAAUUUGCUUACAGAAAUCCGGAAGGGCACAGAUCCGCCAUAAGGACAUCGCGGAUUGUCUCUGAAAGUCUGAGGCUAGGGAUUUUUGGUCGGGCGGAGGUACGGUGGCUUGUUAUGGGCGACGAUGACACCUUUUUCGCUGUCGAUAACUUGGUCCAGGUGCUGCGGAAGUACGAUCAUAAUCAAUUUUACUACAUCGGAGGCUCAUCGGAGAGUCAUUUGCAGAAUAUGCAUUUCUCUUACGAUAUGGCUUACGGCGGAGGCGGAUUCGCCAUAAGUUAUCCAUUGGCGAAAGAACUCGAGAAAAUGCAGGACAGUUGCUUGCAGCGGUAUCCGAAUCUGUAUGGUUCCGAUGAUCGGAUUCAGGCUUGUAUGGCGGAGCUCGGCGUUCCUCUCACCAGAGAACCAGGAUUUCACCAGUGCGAUGUGUACGGCGAUCUAUUUGGGCUUCUUACGGCCCAUCCACUGGCGCCUCUGGUCUCUCUUCACCACCUAGACAUAGUGGAUCCAAUAUUCCCGGAAAUGGGCCGUGUUCAGGCCCUAAAAAGACUUGGGUCCCCAAUGAAACUGGACCCAGCUGGGCUGAUGCAGCAGUCCAUAUGCUAUGACAAAUCCGGGGCUUGGACCGUAUCAAUUUCGUGGGGCUACGCGGUUCAAAUAUUCCGCGGCAUAUUAUUCCCCCGGAACGUCCAACUUCCGGCCACCACCUUCCUGAACUGGUACCGGAGCGCCGGCAGCUCUGCCCACGCCUUCAACACCCGGCCGGUCACCGCCGACGUCUGCCAAAAACCGUUCGUUUAUUACCUGCGCCACGUUGCAUUUGGUGCGAGUACGAAUAUGACGAUUAGCGACUACAGUUGGUACCGGGUACACGAACCCGAAUGCAAGUGGAAAUUAUUGGAUCGUACAGUAGAAAAAGUGGUGGUUUGGAAAAGACCCGAUUCGUCUCUAUGGGACAAGGCUCCGAGAAGGCAAUGUUGUAGAAUUUUGGCGAUGGAAAAACAAGGACGUAAAUUUAGAUGGCCUGAAGUGAUUGGAAUGAAAGGAGGAGUAGCUAGAGUAAUAAUCAAAAGAGAAGCCCCAUAUGCAAUAGUUGUUUAUUUAGUACCAGGCAUGGUCAGACUUAGUGAUUUCUGUUGCAACCGUGUUUAUGUUGUCCUUGAUGAACGUGGUGUUGUCAUCGAUGUUGCCGUCAUUGGUUGA